AUGCCGCCGCGCCGCCGGGGUGCUUCGGGCUAUCGCGGCGUCCGCGCUCGCCCCAACGGCUGGUUCUUCGCCGAGAUACGGUCCGGCGACGUGCGGCUCGGCCUCGGGACAUUCCGGAGCGAGCACGAGGCGGCCCGCGCGUACGACGCGGCGGUGUGGCGCUUGGACAGGCCCCGGUCGCAGAUGAACUUUCGGGACGUCUUCACGCGCGAGCAGGCGCAGCGCGUCGCCCCUCCGCCGCGUCUCAUCACCGACCUCGACCAUGCCGACCAUGCUCGGCGGCAGCGCCGCCUCCUCGUCGCCGAGGAGGACGAGCGAGCCAUGGCGGAGUGGCGCCGUCGCCACCCGGAGGACGUCGCCGACGAGCAAGCCUACUGGGCGGAGAGGACGGCAAGGCGCCGUGCGGAGCGGGCUGACCGGCGUCAGCGGAAGGCAUUGGCGAACGCGCAGUGCGACAUAGUUUCAGCAGGUGGGAGGUCGUUCUUCACGGCCGACGAUGACCGUUGGGACGACAUAUGGCUCUCAACCUCGGACGACACCGACGAGGAUGAUGAUGAUGAUGAUGGUAGCGACUUGAAGUAG